UUCAACCUCCUCACACCUCAUCCCCCUCACCGCCAAUCCCCCCCCCACAGCCAACCCCCCCUCCUCACCGGCGCCACACCCCCCUCACACUCACCCCUCCAUCUCAACACCCCCAAUCUCACCAACCCCUCCCUCUUACACACACUUUUCCGUUUUAUUGUUUGUUGCUCAGUGUAAUUUGUCAUCCGGAAUUGCGUCCACCUAUCACAGUACAAUACUUGUAGUUGCCCCUCAUGCUCCAUUUGUUCAGUCUAGAGUCGUCUAGGUGGAAAAUGACAUCGAAAGGAGGAACCAGUGCAGCAUACUCCCGGAAGAGUUAUCGGCUGCCCACCGACAAUGAAAAGUCAAAGGUCACGGGAUUUGUGAAUGACAGAUUCCUCAGCAACUACCUCCACCAUGUAUUCCCUUCCUCUGAGAAUGCUCAGUUGUCUGCUACAUCCAGAAAGCCAUUGAACUUUCAGAAUCUGAAUGAACAUUUGGAUCGACUACUGACUGAAGGACUGGACACUCAGGCAGACAAGGAUCAAAAUGUGGACGGGCGUCUUGGCCCAGACACAGUGGUCCUGGAUCACACCAGUGGGUUUGAGGGAUUGCUGCUUGUGGAUGAUGAUUUGCUCGGGGUUGUUGGCCACAGUAAUUUUAGCUCAAUCAGAGCCACCUCGUGUGUGUACAAAGGCAAGUGGAUGUAUGAAGUUCUGAUCUCCUCUCAGGGGCUUAUGCAGAUCGGUUGGUGUACCUUGAACUGCAAGUUCAAUCAGGAGGAGGGGGUCGGUGACACCUCAGAUUCUUAUGCAUAUGAUGGAAAUAGAGUUCGCAAGUGGAAUGUUACCACCACUAAUUAUGGGAAAGCUUGGGCAGCUGGAGAUAUUGUGACUUGUGUGAUAGACCUGGACGAAGGGAAGAUUGGCUUUUGCCUAAAUGGAAUAUCCUUGGGAAUUGCGUUCGAAGACAUAAGAUCAGGCCCUGGUGUAGCCUACUUCCCAGCAAUCAGCUUAUCCUUCAAAGAGUCAGUGGCUUUCAACUUUGGCAGCCGGCCUAUUCGAUACCCAAUAGAAGGCUAUCGCCCCAUGCAAGACCCACCAGAGGCAGAUCUUGUGAAGGCACACAAGCUGUUGGGGUACCUGAAGAAUGUGUUCACAAUCGGCUUAGAUAUCCAAGAAGGAAAGCUGAUGGAGAAGGACCCUGCAUCGUGGCAAGCUGAGGGAGAACCGACUGUGCUUGUUACUCUUGCACACAUCUUCAACUACUUCGCACCCCUAAUGUGUAAAGUUUACCUUGUGGAAGAAGUACUGAUGUCCUAUUUUCUGACUAUGUUGGAGAAGGGUGGGUCAAUAGAUGAGCACCCAUUGAUCCAACGCUUGCUGGACCUGAUGUGGCUUCUUAUGGAGGACUAUGAAGUACAGGAAUGUUUGAAACAGCUGAUGAUGUCACUACUUCGUGCCUACAGGUUUUCUCCAAUUAUUCCUGACUUAGGGCUGCAGAUCCACUACUUGCGCCUUACCAUAGCUAUUCUGAAGCACGAGAAAACCAGGAAAUAUUUGCUCAGCAAUGUCUUAUUUGAUGUGCUUCGAUCAGUUGUGUUUUUUUAUAUUAAAACUCCUCUUCGAGUGGAAGAAGCAGGAUUAGAGGAGCUCAUUCCCACUACUUGGUGGCCAACCAGGUUUGAUAAAGAGGGCAAGGAGAUAAAGGAAGAAAGUGCUGAGGAGCGACUGAGACGACGUGCUUAUGAACGUGGUUGUCAGCGAUUGAAGAAGCGAAUUGAAGUUGUGGAAGAACUACAGAUUCAAAUACUGAAAUUACUUCUCAACAACAGAGACAGGGGAGUGGGCGAAGCAUCCAGAUACAUUUUUCUGAAUAAAUUCAGAAAAUUUUUACAGGAGAAUGCCAGCAAUCGUGGAAAUCCAACAAUUCUUUGUCCUCCUGAAUAUAUGGUCUGCUUCUUGCACCGACUAAUUGCUGCUUUGCGAAGUUACUGGGAUGAGUACAGAUUGAGAAGUUCAUCAGCAAUCCCCAGUGAAGAUGCAUACGUCCCCCCUCAGCUCUUCUUCAAUGGGAAGGUGGAUUACUUCGACCAGCAGAGACUUGGUGGUCUUCUUUCCCAUUUAAAGAAAACUCUAAAAGAUGAUCUUGCAUCAAAGGCCAACAUUAUCAUUGAUCCUGCAGAGAUCUCCGCCAUCUCAAUGGAUGACUUGGAUGAGGAUGAUGAGAGUUUAACUCAACAGAGGUUGGGUGGUGCUACCGCUGGAGGUGGAGCUCUUGCCAGGCCAAGCUGGUUGAGUUCUCCAACAUUAGGCCGAGCCAAUAGGUUCCUAAGUACAGCAGCAGUGAGUCUGAUGAAUCCCCGCCGAUCCCUGGCUACUGUGGAAAAGGUGAAGGUUCGUACUCUGAGUGUGGAGCAGAGGACAGAGGAAGACAUUGAAGGAACACACGGAAGUGAUGGAUUGUUAUUAGGGCGCCCUCCUGAUGAACCAGAGCACCCAAUCACAGAGAAAUCUCUGCUGGAAAUCCUAGAUGGAGCUAUCAUGAUGUACAACCUCAGUGUGCACCAGCAGCUUGGCAAGAUGGUGGGUGUGUCCGAUGAUGUCCAUGAGUAUGCAGUGGCCUUGAAAGACACUGAAGAUAAAAUUGCACGCUGCCCUGCAAAGAGGAAGGAUAUUCUAGAUGAAUUAACAAAGAGUCAGAAGGUUUUCUCUGAGAAGCUGAAUCAUCUGAGCCGCCGGCUAGCUUGGAUAAAUGCCACUAUCUACUCCAAGGAGAAGAUGUUGGACAUCUACUGGCUACUGCAGGUGUGCAUAAGAGUAAUUGAACACAGCGACCAGACUAAGACAUUAUUUGCAUUCAUGCCAGAGUUCUACAUGAAUGUUGCCAUGAACAGCUACAGUGCUCUGAAAAAUUACUUCAGUCCAGUCAACAGCAUGGAUGAGCUGCCUGGGUAUCAGGAGACACUGAGCCGAUUAGCUGCAAUCCUCGCCAAGCACUUUGCUGACUCUCGAAUCAUUGGAACAGAUAUUAAGGAUUCUCUGAUGCAGGCUCUUGCCAGCUAUGUCUGCUAUCCACACUCUCUGCGAGCUGUUGAGCGCAUCCCAGAGGAUCAACGUAUAGCCAUGAUGAAGAAUCUCUUGGCUCCCUAUGAACAGCGACCAUGGGCACAGACCAACUGGAUUCUUGUGCGACUCUGGCGGGGAUGUGGGUUUGGAUACAGAUACACACGGCUCCCUCACUUGUUGAAAAGCAAACCAGAAGAUGCCAACAUGCCAAGCCUGCAGAAGCCUUGUCCUUCUAGUCUGCUACAACAACACAUGGCGGACCUGCUGCGAUCUGACUGUGAAAUGGCAGCCAGUUUUCUCAACAGUGUGCUCAACCAGCUGAACUGGGCCUUCUCCGAGUUCAUAGGCAUGAUCCAGGAGAUACAACAGGCUGCUGAGCGACCAGAACGGAACUUUGUCGAUAGUCGCCAGCUGAAAGUUUGUGCUACCUGCUUUGACCUUUCUGUAAGCCUGCUGAGAGUUCUGGAAAUGACCGUCACUCUUGUCCCCGAGAUCUUUCUGAACUGGACCAGACAGUCUGCAGAACUGCUGUUGAGACGUCUUGCACAGUUGAUAAACCAAGUACUGAAUCGAGUGACAGCAGAGAAGAAUCUCUUUGACCGUGUGGUUAAUCUGCGUUUGCCUGGUUUGGAAAGCGUGGACCAUUAUCCAAUAUUGGUAGCUGUGACAGGAAUUCUUGUCCGCAUCCUAGUUGACUCUGAUGCUCAGGGGGUCCAACGAGGAACAGCUGUGCUCCUGGCUGACCCUUGCUUUCAGUUGCGAUCAAUACAGUACCUUCUCGGAGAAAAUGAGCUCUCUGCUCUGGGAGCAACACCGACUGUGAAGAAACACUUCUCACUCCAAGCAUACCCCGAUUAUAUCAGCCUGGAAGAGCUAAUGAAGGUUGAAAAUUUACUCUCUCAUCUUACGCGUGAGUCGAAGCAGGCUGCCGCCACUGCACUGCCCACCAGUGAGGAAGAUCUGUGCCCCAUCUGUUACGCACAUCCAAUCUCUGCCAUCUUCAUGCCGUGUUCUCACAAAUCUUGCAAGGCCUGCAUCAACCAGCACCUGAUGAACAACAAAGACUGCUUCUUCUGCAAGGCCACCAUCACUGCUGUGGAUGACUACACAAAACCAUCCUCCUCCUAGUUGUCACUGAUCCACCAACCUUGCAAUUUCCCUGCUUCCAAAGAUAGGGUAAAGGAAAAGAUACUCUUCAGGACAUUAGCAACUGUGUACAUGCAGAGAUUGGAAUGUUCAAUAUCCAAUGUUUACAAAAGGGAAUGAUCCUUGGUGCUUCAUCAAGCAAUGAUGCACUUGUUACAUUGCUAUUUAAUUUCAUAUAUUGAUUGCUAGACUGAGGCAAACAUGUUCUGAAGGGCAAAUUACAGAUUGAAUUUCACCCUGUCCCUGACACACUAAUCUUGUGUCUUGGCUUUGAUUCCCUUCUUGGGUCCUAAUCCCUACCUUUAUUAACUGCAAUUUGAUAUUGUGAGAUUUAAAAUCUUUUUGCAGAAAUGGGAAAGGAAGUGUAUAUCUGUGUAACUCCAGCUGUUUGAACUAGAGUCUGGCAGGAGCUCGGAGCGACCCAUGAGAAGAUACAUACUUGUCUUCGGCAGGUGGUUUUAGGCCCCUGUGGAAAUUGUUCAAAGCUACCCAGAUCCCUUUUUGCCAUACAUUGAGACUUUUAGUGGGAACGUUUUAAUCAACAGCAGAACUCAAACAGUGCCAGAUUGUCUGAUACCCUGCACCUUGACAUGACUUUUACAAACCAACCUAUGUCAAAAUGAUGGGAGCAUUUUCUACUAAUCCACAGGCCCUGCCAAUGUCCUAAAGCUUUUCUAAAGACUCCUACUUGGAAACAGUGUUUUCGUGCACUUACUGUCUGAUUGCCUGGUUUCAUUUCCCCCUUGAAUUGAUGUCCCUUGAUGUCUAGGAACUAGUGCAGCCGCUGACAAUGGAAGGCUGGAAUGAAGAACAGAGUGACUCCACUUUAUCAUGGUGAGAACAAUAACUCGUUGUACUUCAACCAUACCCGAAUUCCCCCCCGUGCCAGGUUCAUGUCCUCUGACCCAAUAGCUCCAGGCAUCAGGAGUGUUUCUUACCAAUUAUCUAAUCCUCAAUUUUAAGUCUAAGAAAUUUUCCCAACGCUUAAUUCAUUAAUUGGUACUAACAUUGUAUAACAAUCAAAUUGAGAUCAUAUCUGUCCAUACCUGGUUUAAUACUGGAAGACAUACCACUCAGUAUCCUGUGUGUGUCCACAGCCAGCCUGAUGCUGGAGAAGGCAGAAUUAGGGUUCAUUGUCCAUAGUUAAACACCGGCCCUUUGUGAAUCUGAGUCUCAUGUUUACAUCCUGACCAAUAUUGUGAGACAGUCCUGCUGUGACUUUGGAUAACAUCAGUCUAUACAUGCAGAGCAAGUCCAUGUGACCUCCAAUGCUAUGACACCUGCUUGGUGUGAAUCUGUUGUCAUAUCAGGAUGCCAGGUGUGAACAUGCUGAUGGCUGGACUGGUACUGGCACUGGCUAACAUAGUACUAAUGUUGCAUGUUGAAUAUUGCCCAAAACCAUACUGUCCAUCUGGUAAUAUGAGCCAGUAUCCCAUGAGUCUGUACCUCAAAUGAAACAUGAUCAGCCAACAUGUCCAUGCCAGGCAGAAUCACAUGUGUCUCUAUCUGUAAUGACACUGCAUAAUGCAUGAAUUAGUGCCUUUGUGUCUUCAAUUUCCUAUCCUACUUUCAAAACCUGAUGUUACUGUGUUGGUCAUUGACACUAUAAACCACACUACAGAACAAUGUCAUCGGUAGUGAGAAGAUCCACUUUCUCACAAUUUAAUGCCACUUGUGAGUUCUCAUGGCACUACUGAUUCAAAGCUUUACUAUAUGACUUGCACUAAAAUGGUGCUUGAUGCAGGAGUCCAGAGUUUGUGAGGUGGCCAUCAGACUUAACCAGUGAGAAGUAACAAAUUACCAAAGUUUAAAAAGGGCAUGGGAAAAGUAGACAGAGAGAAUUAGCAUCCAGUUCUCAAGGAACUGGCUAACUUGUCCCUUUCUCUGCUUACAGCUCUGUGUGAGAUGUAUUUUCAUUUGAGAGCUGAUUUUCCUGCAUUUCGAUUAUAUUUUUUUCCUUUCCACUAAUAAAACUCAGUACCUGAGUACUGUUCAUUCUUGGUGAUCAGUGCACAACAUGCAUUUUGCCAAAAAACAAUCACCUGCCAGUGCACCAGCAUAUGUGUAUUGCAACUAGUGCUGCUGGGCUUGUGUAAAGCUGGAACUUAGUGACCUUGUUAGUGCCAUCAUCAUCUUUUUACAACCGCACCAGUUCUGGUUGUUGAGUACUAACCUCUGCUGCCUGAGUUACUGUUGAACCCUUGGCUGCUAUAAAGAGUGUGUGAAGAUGCUGGUUUUUCACUAUCUGAUCUUGUAUCUUAACACGUGUUAAAAACUGAAGAUUUAGCAUUUAUAAAUUAAUAUUGUAACUUGCUCUCUGGCCCUGAUAUAUCAUUAUAGUCCCUGCCAAGGAGGUUAGGAACUACAGGUUUAUAUUUACAAAAUGUAUUUCACAAUUAUUAUAAGUGACUGGUCUAAUCAGUUGGUAGAGCACUAGGACCCUGUUCCCUAUGUUAAAGGUGAGGGGGUUAGCAGCAGUGGAGAACCUUUGUCUAUCCACCAGGAAGCUGCAUGCAGUGAGAGCUGCCAAUUUCUGCUUUUAGUUCUUUGGGAUUCCCUUUUGUUGGGGACAAUGGAGUGCGUGUGAGAAACUGCUGCUUGUGUUAUUGAAUUUGAUAAACUGUUCUUACAUGCGAGUUUACUUGCAGAUGUGAACAAUAAAAAUGAGUUACCCAUUACAUCUGAGGGCUGUUUCAUGAAACUCUUCUACAACAUCUGAUCUAGUACCCUGACUAGCAACACCACCUCCAACUCAGCACUUAAUAAAUACCAUCAAAGGUCCCAAAUUAAAAUGUAAACUGACAUUCAGAGCACUCAAACACAAGAGGCAGCUGCUGCCUCUAUCUACAUAGUUACCAGAUGUCAGUCUAACAUGCUAAAAUUCAGGACAGGACUUCAUCUCCAACCAACCCUUAGACCCAGUAAGUGCCACCAUUAAAUUUUGCUCUGGUCACAGCUUUGAGGUCUCCGAAGUUAGAAACAUAGAAAACCUACAGCACAAGCUGUGCCGAACAUGUCCUUACCUUAGAACUACCUAGGCUUACCCAUAGCCAUAUAUUUUUUUAAGCUCCAUUUACCUAUCCAGGAGUCUCUUAAAAGACCCCAUCGUUUCCGCCUCCACCACCGCCACCAGCAGCCCAUUCCACGCACUCAACGCUUUCUGCGUUAAAAAGAACUUACCCGACAUCUACUCUGUACCUACUGCCAAGCACCUUAAAACUAGGCCCUCUCAUGCUAGCCAUUUCAGCCCUUGGAAAAAGCCUCUGACUAUCCAUACGAUCAAUGCCUCUCAUUAUCUUGUACACCUCUAUCAGGUCACCUCUCAUCCUCCGUCACUCCAAGGAGAAAAGACUGAGUUUACUCUAUCUAUUCUCAUAAGGCAUGCUCCCCAAUCCAGGCAACAUCCUUGUAAAUAUCCUUUGCACCCUUUUUAUAGUUUCCACGUCCUUCCAGUAUUGCGGGCGACCAGAAUUGAGUACAGUACUCCAAGUGGGGUCUGACCAGGCUCCUAUAUACCUGCAACAUUACCUCUUGGCUCAUAAACUGAAUCCCACGAUUGAUGAAGGCCAAUCCACAGUAUGCCUUCUUAACCACAAGGUCAACCUGCGUAGCAGUUUGGAGUGUCCCUAUGGACUCAGAUCCCAAGAUCCCUCUGAUCCUCCACACUGCCAAGAGUCUUACCAUUAAUACUAUAUUCUGCAUUCAUAUUUGACCUACCAAAAUGAACCACCUCACACUUAUCUGGAUACAACUCCAUCUGCCACUUCUCACCCCAGUUUUGCAUCCUAUCAAUUCCCGCUGUAACCUCUUGACAGCCCUCCACACUAUCCACAACACUCCCAGCCUUUGUGUCAUCAGCAAAUAUACUAACUCAUCCCGUCACUUCCUCAUCCAGGUCAAAUAUCAAAAGUAGGGGUCCCAGAACAGAUCCCUGAGGCACACCACUGGUCACCAGCCUCCAUGCAGAAUAUGACCCAUCUACAACCACCCUUUGCCUCCUGUGGCAAGUCAGUUCUGGAUCCACAAAGAAAUGUCCCCUUGGAUCCCAUGCCUCCAUACUUUCUCAAUAAGCCUUGCAUGCUUUGCUAAAAUCCAUAUACACUACAUCUGUGGCUCUACCUUCAUCAAUGUGUUUAGUCACAACCUCAAAAAAUUCAAUCAGGCUCAUACAGCACAACCUGCCCUUAACAAAGCCAUGCUGACUAUUCCUAAUCAUAUUAUGCCUCUCCAAAUGUUCAUAAAUCCUGCCUCUCAGGAUCUUCUCCAUCAGCUUACCAACCACUGAAGUAAGACUCAUUGGUCUAUAAUUUCCUGAGCUAUCCCUACUCCCUUUCUUGAAUAAGGGAACAACAUCCGCAACCCUCCAAUCCUCCGGAACCUCUCCCAUCCUCAUUGAUGAUGCAAAGAUCAUUGCCAGAGGAUCAGCAAUCUCCUCCUCCGCCUUCCACAGUACCCUGGGGUACAUCCCAUCCUGACCCGGUAACUUAUCCAACUUGAUGCUUUCCAAAAACUCCGGGACAACCUCUUCCUUAAUACCUACAUGUUCAAAUUUUUCCUGCAAGUCAUCCCUACAAUCCUUUUCUGUACUGAAUACUGAAGCAAAGUAUUAAGUACCUCUGCCAUUUCCUUCAGUUCCAUACACACUUUUCCACUGUGACUUAUUUAUUGCCCUCUUGUCGGCUUAUCAGCAUAUUGUGUCAGGAAACCUUCCUGAACACACAAGUAAACUCCACCCCAUCUAAACCCCUCGCUCUAGGGAGAUGCCAAUCAAUAUUCGGGAAAUUGAAAUCUCCCACCACAACAACCCUGUUAUUAUUAUUCCUUUCCAGAAUUAAAUGAAUGUUAUUACUUUAACUGCAAUUUAAUUGUUUAAAUGUUUUGGAAUAUUAAUACUACAGGCACUAUAGUCUUUUUUUUUGAAUAGCCAACCAUAAAAUGUGACAAAAGCAAAUAAGUGGAUAUAACUUCCACUUUUCAUUUAAAAUAUUCAAAAAGUAUUUGAUUAAAAAAUAAUUUGGUGCAACCAGGAAUCGAUGACAAUGUCAUCAUGUUACCUCUUGAAUAUACAACAAGGACAUGUUGCAUUCAUUCAUUGUGAU